CCUCGAACCCCUUGAACCACGCACGCCCGCAUGCCAACCCUCCGAGCCGAGUAUGUACAGCGUCCCCUCGAGCGGGGACGACACGAUAAGCGAGACGGACCUUUUCUAUCAGCGCAAGCGGCGCGGCUCCACAGCCGCCGUAGGGCUGCGCACCACCGCGGUGCCCAUGUCGCCAGAAUUCGGCUCCAUCCCCUCUCCGCCCGGCUCGCCACUCCAUGCCUCGUUGCCUCUGGGCUCGCCGCUGGAUUCACCGCUCAGACUGCCCCUCCGCGCCCGUAACCUCUCUGCUCCAUCAGGAGAGAUCGAUGACUUUGGCAGUGGAGUCGGAGGGGAGAGCACGCCCAAGCCCCGUCGCGAGAGCCCGAGCCGGCGCUUAUCGUUCACCUCCGACGUAGAAUGGCUGGGAAACGGGUCACCUUCGUCGUCGCCGUCUAAGAGCUCGAACAGAGUGGUAGUGGUCUCGCCGCCUCCGUUGCUGGAGCUGGAGGGAGUGCCGGCGCAACCCGCGAUCUCGCUGCCGCCAGUGGUACCACCGUCCGCGCCGAUCGCAUCGCCGCCCACAGCUGUUCCAGCACCAUCGGCUCCGCCACCUCCACGUAGCGACAAUAGCAACAACGCCGAAUUCCCCUCUGGCUCACUGCGCAAAAGAAGAGUCCCAGCGCCACUCCUCAACAUCCCUCCGCCCCCGUCGGCAUUCCCAACACCUCCGCCCGUGCCAGUCAGUGGGGAUAUCCCGCCCCCGCUCCCAUCCUCCUUCUCGCGAGGUUACCGGAGCCGCAUCGUGCGCGGCGCCGUCCCAUGGCGCGACGGCAAGAUUGAUUAACGUAGGGUAGUACAUG